CGAAGAGACCGAGGAAGAAUGGAGAACAAUGAUGAGCAGGCAAAGCAGCAGCAGCAGGUACCGAAGCAGCUUUCAUUAGAUCAGUUGGAGCAGGUUGAUUCGGAUCAUGCUUUUGCUUUGGCGUUGCAAGAACAGGAAAGCACAUUUACAAUGCUUGAGACAAUUGAGAGUGACACUGAUGAGGAUGGACAAGACGAUGAGGACGAAGAAGAGGAUGAAGAAAUUGGAAGUUCCUCAUCUCAGGAUUUUGAUGAAAACUUCGAUAGCCAAGAGUUCUAUGAUGAAUUAGAGUCUCUCGAGGAUGAUGAAGAAGGUAGCUACACCGACCAGAUCGAGGAAGAUGAGAUCGAUCCAGAUGAAAUGUCUUACGAAGAACUAAUGGCCUUGGGAGAAAUUGUUGGAGAGGAGAGUCGUGGUCUAUCUAUUGAGGAAAUCAAUUCAUCAAUAUCACCCUACAAUCACAAAUUUGUUCAAAGCAAAAUUAUAAUUGAUCGGUGUGUAAUAUGCCAAAUCGAGUAUGAAGAAGGGGAACAACUAGUUGCCUUGAAUUGCCAACAUCCAUUUCAUACGGAUUGCAUAAAUCAAUGGCUUCAAAUUAAGAAGGAUAUCCGCCAAAUAUCUUUCAGUGCCAUUAGAAUUCACACUCCACAGUUAUGUACGCGUAAAAAUUAUAAAAGUUAAUUUAUGUAUAAUUUCAUGAUUAUUUACGUUUUGAUCAAAAAGGAAAAUUCUUGUUUUUUGCUAUUUUAA